CGCUGACAGCUUCUCCACUUGAUGUGAGCAGAAUUGAGUUGCAGGAAGUUAUUUUGAGGGGCUUGCCUGUCACAGCUGUUGUCUCAGUCACCAGAGUCCUGUUGGACCCUCUUCACUUUUGUCUUUCUAUCCCCUGGACCUGCCACAUCUGUUAGAAUGGAGAUCAACGUCCAGUCUGUUGCAGAGGUCAUCCCAGCCCAGACCAGUGUGACUCCACCACUGUCCCCAGUCACCGCAGAGAUCCCGGUCCCUCAACUCCAGGAGGGCCAGCACAUGGACCCCAUGGAGGAGUUUGGUCGUCGGCUGGACGAAAUCAUCAACACUUAUGGCUCCGCAGCCAGCCUGAUAGAGCAACAGUGCAUCAUCCUGGAAACGGAGAAGGUGGACGAGGAGGCAAGAGGAGAGCAAGCUGAUGAAGUCACAGCCGCCAAGAACGCCAGCACGGGCAAGGAUGCAAAGAAGUUGCUGAAAGGCUUAGGAAAGGAGGGUACGCUUCUAAUGCAAAGUUUGAACAAGCUGUGCACGCCAGAAGAGAAACUGGAUGCUCUACUCAAGAAGUAUGCCGAACUGCUGGAGGAGCAGCGAGGGGAGCAGAAGCAGCUGAGGUUCCUUCAGAAGAAGCAGGGCCACAUGGGGAAGGAGAGGGACCAGCUCCAGUACGAGCACAGCAGACACAUCCUGGCCCACAGCAAACUGGAGGGCCUCUGCAGGGAACUCCAGAGGCACAACAAGACCCUCAAGGAGGAGACCCUUGCGCGUUGUCGUGAGGACGAGGAGAAGCGCAGAGAGAUCACCACUCACUUCCAGAGCACGCUGACAGACAUCCAGGCUCAGAUCGAGCAGCACAGUAACCGCAACAACAAGCUGUGUUCAGAGAACACCAACCUGGCAGACAAACUCAAACACAUCAUCAGCCAGUAUGAGCAGAGAGAGGAGAGCUUGGAGAAGAUCUUCAAGCACCAUGACCUGCAGCAGAAGCUGUCUGAUACCAAACUGGAGCAAGCUAAUGCACAGCUGCAGGAGGACGAGGAGAAGCACAAGAGAGAAAAGGAAUACUUACUGGUACAUGCAGCUGAGUGGAAACUACAAGCUAAACUUCUGAGAGAGCAAGAGACUGUCAUGCAGGCUCAGCUUGCUCUGUACUCCCAGAAGUUUGAAGAGUUCCAGACUACGUUGUCUAAGAGCAACGAUGUGUACGCCAGCUUCAAAAAUGAAAUGGAGAAGAUGACAAAGAAGAUGAAAAAACUAGAUAAAGAGUCGAAUGUUUGGAAGACCAGAUUUGAGAGCACUAACAAGGCUCUCUCGGAGAUGAUUGAAGAGAGGACUGUGAAGGAGAAUGAGUAUGAGAUGUUCGUCGUGAAGAUUGACAAGCUGGAGAGGCUCUGCCGAGCACUCCAGGAUGAGAGGAAGAUCCUGUACUCCAAGAUCAAAGGCAUUCGCCAAACGCCUGAUGCCACCGAGGGGACACCCAAGGACGCGACACAGGAGGUGGCCACCGAACCAGUCCACAGCCUCAUGGACAUAAUUGAGGAGCCAGAGAUGACAGAAGAGAUGGCCCGUCUGAGGGCUGAGCAGAACAGGCUGGCGGAGUUCGCAGCCUCCCUACUGGCCCCGUCCACAGGAGACGAUGAUGACGAUGACUCUGACAGUGAGGAAGAGCCAGAGUCUACAGAACCUGCUGAGGCCCAGAAGAUCCCUGAACCAACAAAGGCCCCAGUAAAGGUAGUGGUAGAGGCACCAGCACAUACAGAGGAACCAGAACCAGCAUAUGCAGAUGCACCAGCGCAGGCUCCGGCACAGGUAGAGACACUAGCGCAGGCUCCAGCACAGGUAGAGGCACCAGCACAGGCUCCAGCACAAGUAGUGGCACCAUCACAAGUACAGGCACCAGCACAGGCUACAGCACAAGUAGAGGACCCAGCACAGGCUACAGCACAAGUAGAGGCACCAGCACAGGCUCCAGCACAAGUAGAGGCUCCAGCACAGGCUCCAGCACAGGCUCCAGCACAAGUAGAGGCACCAGCACAGGUUCCAGCACAGGUAGAGGCUCCAGCACAGGCUCCAGCACAAGUAGAGGUACCAGCACAGGUAAAGGCACCAGCACAGGCUCCAGCACAGGCUCCAGCACAGGCUCCAGCACAAGUAGUGGUACCAGCACAGGCUCCAGCACAUGCAAAGGCACCAGCACAGGCUCCAGCAGAGGCUCCAGCACAAGUAGAGGUACCAGCACAGGUGGAGGCACCAGCGCAGGCAGAGAUGGCUGCCCCAGUCCAGCCAGAGACCCCAAAACAGCCAGAGCCCUCCGCCAAGAAGCAGACGCCAAAAAAGAAGAAUGCAAAGAAGACUAGCUGAACUGACGAAUGUGUCAUUUUGUGAGCGUUAGUACUGUAGUCCCUGUGCCUCGUGUUAUGGUUGUGUUGAGAUAUCCAAUCCAGCUUUGUUUGUCUAUAUACUGUUUUAUCUGAAGUAGCGUCCAGUAGAAGUAUGUUUAAGUCGUAUACCAGAUGAGGACAGACAGAGAUUUACUGCAUAACCAAAGACUAGGUAGAAAGGUUAUUCAGGACAAUGCACCCUCAAAACUUUCCAAUGCCAAAUGUUGCCUUGCGCAAACAGCAUCAGAACAGCCACCGUCUUUUUUGACUUUUUCCAUCUGAACCCCUAUAAUGUAACUUCAAUAAAUAUCUAAUUGUAGACUAUGUAGACAUGCCUGUGCUCUUUGGAAUGUAUUGCCUAGACCCAUCACACUGUUUUAUCCAAUAUACAUCUCAUAUCCAACCUUAUAUGACCAAAUAUUGGAAGAUGGACCCAUAUAUCUAGAUAAAGGCCUGAUAUUGCAUCCAAGUCCCUUUUUAUUUUGACUAAUGUCUUAUCUAUAUGGAUUGUUAACUAUUUGUUUAAAAGUUAACUGGCCAGUCAUUCACAAUGAUUUAGAGAUGGAUCCUUACAGUAGUUUCCAUGGCAACACUCCCCCCCAUCCGGUGCACAUUUCCUUUUUUAGCACAAUCUGUAUCAGACAGUCUCUAUCCACAGAGUGGGUUGUUCUGGCCUGGCCAUGGUCGGUCUGUGUUCUGGCAAAAUAACUGAGUUACACAAACUCUCCUCCACCAAGGACACAACAGGACAUUAGACUGACAGGCACUGAGUCGCCAUAGCAACUCCAUCUGCGAAUCCGUUGAGGACAGCACUAAUGUAUGAGUGAUAAUAAUAGUGCAGAGGACCCUGGGUUUUUAAUAAAUACAGAUCAGUGUUGAGUGCCACAGGGAAAACAAAUUAGACUUGCUACCGAUCCCUGUGAAUAUCAUGUUUAUGUUCUGGAUUGUAUUACUGGUUGAGCAGAUUGCACACCAAAAAUGGCAAACAAUUUCUACUGUUAUGAACUAGAGUAAAGGACAAAAGGACCUAGCUGUCACUUAAUGAAGAAACUGACAAUGUCAUAAAGUAUCAUCAUAUCACCCCCAACCUAUGGGAACUAUCAGUCAGCAAGCGGAAAGAGACACUGGAAACAUACAAAUAGUUAGGGAAACAGGCUACACUGUAAUUCCAAAACCUGUUUCAAGAAGAGUAUGGCAGAGGUUCUUCAAAGCUUUCUGAUCACAGUUAUAUUUGUUGUGGCCACCAGAUGGGGCCUUUGAAACCCAUUAAAAAUUUCACCAAAACCCUCA